GCAAGAUGGCGGCAACCGACGACGUCAACACGCUGGUGCGCCAGCUGCAGCGCCUGCCGGCGGUGCAAGGGUCGCUGGUGCGUGGCCUCGAUGGACACGUGCACAUUGACGGCGUCGCGUCACCCAUCGACCUCGCGCGGGAUACGAUGGCGAUCCUCGCGGCGCAUCCGUCCGGCCACGUGCCCGCGUCCAGCGUGCACUUUCUCAACGAUGUGCCGCUGGACGCCCGGAACGUAGCCGUCAUUCGCGAUGCCAUCGAGGUAGCAAUGACGCCAGAAGGGUCAUAUUCCCUAACGCUCUCGCACGUCGUUCUUCAUCAUGGCGGCGACGUGGCGCGCCUCCCAUCGACUGCCCGAUCGUUCGGUACGUUGGUGGUCUUCUACGCGUCGACGGCGGUUGGCGGUGACAUAACGGCGUCGCUGGACGGCGCAAAAGAGCACUGUUCGUCGUCAGACAUGACCUUUUUGGCGUUCAACAACGCCUGCGACGUCACUGUGGCACCGAUCAUGAACGGUGCCCGCGCGAUGCUCGUCUUUGACCUCGUCUACCGCGAUGCCAACUACGAGGCGCCGAGUGUUGCCUCCGUGCUGACGGCGCUGCAAGUCGCGGCAACGAAAAAACGGCAAAAAACCACGCUACGCGCCCAGGUGCUGCUGCGGCAAGACGACCAGCUUGACAUGGAGACUUUGGCGGCCUCGGACAAGCUGUUUGUGCAGCGCCUCGUGGAUACUGACUGCUGGGACAUUGCAGUCGUCCUCGCAGAGCCGCGACAGUGGGCUCCUGCAAACCAGCGCAUCGAGAGCGAGGCGGUCGAGGACAACAUGUAUCUUCUUCGAGCUCCUGACGACGAGCAAGACGGCAACGAGGAAGCUCGUGACGACAACGAGGAAGACGAUGAAGAAGAUGACGAAGAUGAGGAAGACGAUGAAGAAGAUGACGAAGAUGAGGAAGACGAUGAAGAAGAUGAUGAAGAUGAGGACGGCUACUACGAAGAUGACCAGCCGAUGUAUUUCAUUACUGCGUAUGUCAUGCAUCCAUCGAAUGCUCUGCCGCCCGUCUUCGCGCAUGCGCUCGACACCAAGCCGCUUCUGACGUAUGUACAAGACGUCUACCUGCCGACGACGAGAAAAGGCUGUCUCGUCUUUUGGCCAAAGCAGCAUCGGCUUCGGCUGCUCGGUUUCCGCGCCUCGCUGCGGCAGCUGGAUGCGCUCGUGACGGGCGCGUCCACCGAUCUCUACGGCUAUGCAUCGAUGUUGGCGUUUGCUUACGCGGUGCUCGGCAUGGUCGGCUCGGAUGUUUCUCGUCUUUCGGAGAACACUGAUGUCCCUGACGUCACGCGUCUCGGGCGCGUGCUCGUGGCGCUUGGCGACGUUCCGUUGCUGCGAGCGUUCGUCGCAGCGAUCAAUCUGCGCGAGGUUGACGCGCAGUUGCAAGCGCUGCUCGUGACGAUGCUACGUCAUUUCGGAUGGCCGAUUUUUGAUGCGUCGAUUCAGACGCUCUUGCAGCGUCCACAUUUGGAUCUGCUGGACGUGCAGCGUGGUGCCGGCCUCGUGGCUGCGUGCCUUCCACUGAAGCAGCCGUAUAUGCGCGAGUUCCUCGUAGCGGCCUACAACGCGCUGCUCCAGCAAGUGAGCACUAUUGCCAUGUCGACCUCGUCUGCGAUCGAGCUGCUGCGAGACAUGUUGCUCAUUGAAGCGCAUUUGAACCAGACGCGGGACGACGACCGUGAAAGCAUGUACCUCGGCACACGGCUGCCCCUGGGCGUGGUCCACCACAUCUCGUCGUUCCUCUGCCCCGGUGCGCUGGCCGAUAUGGUCUGCCUCCCGCCAUGGGUGUUUGACCCGAUCCACAUCAUCGCACCUGCCAUCCGUGCGCUCCGGAACGCGUCGCUGCCGCUCCAGCCGUAUCUCGCCGUCAUCGACGGCGCUGUCAAGCGUGCGCUGCAGAUUCCAGCCCGACAUGAUGACUUGAGUCAUGGCUGGGCGGCCGUGCUGGUGCUGCAUCUGGAGACCGUCAACGCCGUUGACGACGAGCUUCUCACUCGAUUCUUUGCCACGUGCGAUCGCGCGAUCGGCAUUGAAACGAUCUACGACCUUGCGACACAGUCUCUUGACGCGGUGCCGCUGAACGUUCGGACCUUUUUGGCUCAGUACCUCGUGCAAGCGGCCACGACGCUCGUCACAGACAACGACGAGGACGAGGACGGUGGCAUGGUGGCGUCGGUCGCCAAGGCAUGGGCUGCGCUGGAAGCGUUUGACCUCGACGAUGUCGGUCCGCCGAUCGUUGCCGCGGUGCAUCAGCGCUGGUCAGCGCUCGCAACCAACGCUGAGAAGAUGGCUCUGGCGUCUCGCAUUAUGCAAACGUGGUACCCCGUCGUGGCGACGUCGCUCCUCCUGCGCCCACUGCUGGUGGCGAUACUGCCCGUGCUCGAGGGGUACGUGGCAACCCACGAGCGCCCGACGAUUCCGACGCAAGCGUGGGCUCUGCCGCGUGUCUACUUUGCGUGCGACUGCGAGCAAUGCACGGCAGCACAGAGCUUCGUCGCCGAUGCGACUCGCGGCGUCUUCUCGAUGUCCAGUGGGCAUUUCUGCAUGCAUUUUCUCGCGCGCAUUCUGCACAACCGCCCGUUUCCCGACCUCACGGUGUGCGAGGACAACGAAGACGUCUUUGAGCUCUGCAAAGCUGGUGCGGAGGAGCUUCGCCGCUACGAUCGGCUGUGUAGCUACGUCGAUAGCAUCCGUACUGCGCUACACGACGACGCUGGGCAGGAGCCUGUGACCAAGCGCCGUCGCCUUGACGAUGCGGGCGCUACGUAGAAGAUCUUGUCGUAUCGAAGGCUCAUUGUCGUGGCUCUCGCGCGGAUGCAAGCCUAAAGUACAAACAAAAUGUCUUCUUUUCUGCACAUA